CCUUCCUGUUGGAUAACCCCAAACUGUUAGACAGCAUUUACGACAUUCAUAGCUCGGCUAAUUAGUAAUGGCGGAAGAUGGAGAAGGUUUUGACAGUUGGGAAGAGCAAGAAGACAGUGGUAUGCUGGAUAAACGAAUUGGAGAAUUGAAACUAGAAACAUCAGCCACAGUAGAUAAAGAUGGUUCGAAUAUGUUAGUAAAAGAGAUAAGCUCUAGAACAGAAUAUACACCACAAGUAAGGAUACUGAAACGAGAUCAUGCAGCUCAAAACCAGAAUGUGUCGAACAAAAUACAAAGUCAAGCCAGUAAACCAUCUAAGACUCUUGAAGAAAGAGAAGCUGAAUAUGCUGAAGCUAGACAGAGAAUAUUUGGUGAUGAAGCCCCACCUUUAGAAGAGGAUACAGAUAGCGAAUCUAGGCCUGUUAGAUUAAUUUGUAAAGUAGAAGAACCAUUAGGCAAUAAUGUCAUACGCCAGCCCCGUGGGCCAGAUGGAACAAAGGGUUUUAACAUGGACAGAUAGCGAAACGUUUUGUUCUAGACUGAGAUUUUAUUAUUGUUACCACACCGAAUGAGCUUUUGUUGUUAAUAGGUAUUGUUUAAUUCACUGUAUUUAUUUUCACAUUAAUUAAGCUUAGUCGAUAUCAAAAAGGCUUUGAUAUAAUGAAGGCAACAAUUAGUUACUAUCAAUCUGGGAGCAUAAAUGUAGGAAGUAAAAGAUUAAUGUCUUAUUCAGUUUAGAAGGCCUUUUUAUUCCCUCUGUGUUCGUUUCCAGAUGAUGAAAUAUUUUAAAGCAAUUCAAGAAAGUGAUCAUUGUCAUAAAUGACAUUGUUAGAAAUAUAUGAUGUGAUACCAAUCAUUUCUACAUUAUCCAUUUUAAUUUUAGUUCCUAAAAAAAAUGUUGUAUGUGAUGACAAUUUUACAUUUUUAAACAAAAAAUGAAGGAAUUUGGACAUUUUUUUGGCAGUACAGUAGGCUACCACUGAUUAGUAUCUAAAUCACAUUUAGUCUUCAUUUUAUUGCUGUUCUAAAAUACCAAACAUGUCUUUCAUGAUGUCAUUUAUUGAAGUGGUUUAACCAUUUAGAUCCUCUGUAAAGGGGGAUGUAAUCAUGUAAUGGGUCUUCCAAGAUUAACAAGAUAAUUUGAGCUUCUACACUCUUCAUUCUAACUCCCUGUUGAUGGUGAAUCUGGAAAUUGAACAGAACUUAAUUAGAUACAGAGAGGCAGCAGUUUUUUGUAGCACACUUGAUUAUGAAUCCAAAAAGUGUGGUCAAAUGAGAAUAAUAAUUUCCAUUUGUUUGACCGGGAAUUUCACUGUGUAUAUACAUGUAACUUAUGAUUGCAGUGUCCUUUUUAUCAAUUUCUUGCUCAAUAAUCUUCCCCACCUCAAAUCUUUAUUGAAAAAAUCUUCCAAGUAAUUUUCUUCAAAUGACAUUCUUUUCAAAUUUCAUCUUAUGUUCUAAAACACCCCUUAAAAACAUAAAGCAGUAAAAAAUCAGUCAUAAACGACCAGCAGAAGCAAAAUAAUUGAAAAUAAUAGUAGCCUCCCUUUUGAAGAUAGGACUUUGGCUGUAUUUCGUGAUGAUCAAAAAGAAGUUUGGUUUUUAAUUGACGGCAUCAGUAUGUAAAGUAAAUUAACUCUAACAUAAAUAAUAAUGUAUUUUAUUAUUGCAGUAAUUAUGCUCAUGAAAUUAAAAGAUAAUAAUAUACCUUUAAUUGACUGUUUCACGGUUACUGAAUUUUUUUAUGACAUUUGCUGUCAUGUGACCGUAUUGUUGGAGUUGAAUUCACUACAUGAUACUAAUAUGUUUACUUCAAUUCAGUAACUUUUAAUGCAACAAUGCUUCUGUUAAUAAGUUUUCGUCAAUUUAUAUAACUUACAUAGUAAAUUGAUAAUUCACACAUGUAAAAAUGAUAAAAUUGCACUUAAAAUUCAUAAUUUGUUCUAUUUUCAGUUUUAAUUUAUUGAUAUUUUUAUAUGAAAGCAGAUUGUAUUCAAAAGCGACAUAAUUUAAAUCUUCGUUAUCAUAACAGAUGUAGCUUUCUAAAAUUGUAUGGUGGCUGAUUGUGGUCAUGUGAAUUCUCAUCUUUUUCAUAACCAGACAUUGAAGUACAUGUACAUGUAAGCAUAGGUUAACAGUUAGAAUUAGGUUGUUAAUUCAACUCCAUACAAGCCAAAUAUCAUCAUUUUACCAAAUUUAAAAUCACUAAAACUACUAUUUUAUAUAGAACUUUAAUUCUGUAUUAAAGGCAGACUAUUUAUAAAAUCUUGAUAAAUAUUAUUAUCAGAACACAAAUUUAAAAGGAAACAAUCACUGGUUUAUUAUAUAAGCACAAUAAUGAUAAGAGGAUACUGUCUGCGAUAUCACCUCGGUGGAAGCAGACGUUAAAUAAAGCUAUUUCACACACAAGAUGAUAUUUGUUGAUUUAUUGUGCUUUUAGAAUAAAACCAUAAAAAUUGUGUUUUGUUAAUGUGUUUUUCAAUCGUUAAAUGACACUUGAAGAUUAUGAUAAAUAUAUAUUGUAAGCUUAUCCAUUUAAAUGAUGCUUAUAAAAAUGCAUUGAAAGGAACAUACAUGCACAACAUGACAUCACUUCAAAAUUAAAAGGAAGGAAGUUGUCCAAUGUGACAAGACAGUGAUAAUUUAUAUGUCAUGUCACUGAAAAGUCAGAAAACAUGAAAUGGUCAUUUAGAAUGGAAAACUAUGUAACUAUUUAAUUUUUAUCUUUAUCUAUAUACAUCUGAUUUUUAAAAUUUAGUUUACUUUCAAUUUGAGUAGGUGCAUAAGCACACAUUAAGUUACAGCAGUAUUAUUAUCAAAAUGAUUUUAAAAAUUGUGAUGUUUGCUUUCUUCAUAUUAUAUGCUUCAUAGAAUAUUGUCCCAUUGUUUUUUUGUUUCAAACAUAUAUGAUGUAAGCAGUUUAGAGAGGAACUGUUUUAUUACAUGACAAAUUUAUCAAUAGUAUAAAUCAACAGAUUUUAUGAAUCUUAAUCACUUCAAAUAUAUUUCUUGUUUGAUAAAAUCAAAUACUAAUAAUAGUUACAGUACAAUUAAUCUUUCUUACAUAAACUCACAGUCAUCAUUGAUUUGAAAACUGAAGACAUUUUGAUGCCAUUUCCAUGGUUAUUGUGUAGUCGUAUUUAACUGAAAUAAAAUGUUUUAACAUACAAACAGAUAUAUCUAAUGUAAUUAUAAAAAAUCUAUUUGAGAGUUUUCCUGGUAUAUAUUGGGUCAUAUAUCUUAGUAGAGUGAUCUGUAUAAUCCAAUAUACCCACCCAGGUUGCUAUUAAUGUUUUAUGAUAUUGUCAAAUUAAAUAUGAUCAUGUCGAACAAUCUCAGCCUAGUUUUCUCCAAUAAUUUGAUUUAGAUCGACCAUUUCCACAUAAUAUUAGUUCAAACCAAACUGAAAUAUUCUUUUUUAAGGGGUUGGGGGGUGGAUGGCUGAAUGGUUAGCAUGUGCGCGCUGUAUCAUAAGGCCUGUCAUUGAGUCAACUGGCGUGGUUUCAAAUCCCCGGUUGUACUGACAAGGAGUAGGGUCGUCUGUCCAACCUCGUGGUUUUUUACGGGUCCUCCGGUUUCCUCCCACUGCUAAAGACCCCUAAGUGCAAGCGAAUUUUUGAAAUAAAAUUAAACCAUAUGUUAGUCCCGAAAUGACCUAGUUUGUGUCAAGUGGACGUUAAACCCCAUUUUUCUCUCUCUCUUUUUUAAGGUUGGAAAGCAAUGAUACUUGUUUAAUUUAAGUAGACAGUGUAACACUUGAUGACAUGAAGAUGCAGAAUACAACAUAUGUAUAAUAGCAUGUGUAAUAUUUAUAUUGUGCAAUAACCAUAAGAUAAAUGUAAUUAUUACACUGAAACCCAAGUCUAAUUAAAUAACACCAAUAAUAUCACAGUUGUUAUUCUAACUUUCUUAUUAAAGUCAAAAUGGUUUGUAUUUUGGAUUGUUCAUUUUUAGUUCUAAAUAUUUAACUGAUUUAAUAUUUGUAAAUGAAUAAAAUAUAAACAAAUGGUUAAUGGACAAGAGUUUCUUUUAAGAAUAUAACCUAUUUGAUUCAAAAAUUGCUGAAAUAUUUAAAAGGAAUAUAUGAAAUGGAUGUGGAAGACUCAGCCUUUCAGUAUGAUCCUGCAACUGUCCCAAAGCAGAUUAAUUUACUAAGAUUUUGGCGCAGAUUACUUAAAAAAAUAAAAAAUAGUCACAUCUAAUAAUAAGCUAAUAUCUUGUUAAUCAAUAUCCUACUGGAUGUUUUCAAUAAGGCAGCUGAUUGGCAUUUCAUUUUUCUGACAAUAUCUAGUUUAUCAUACUUAGUAAAGGCUAAAAUGUACUUAGAUUAAUUUACAAUUAAUUAAAAACCAAAAACCAAAUCGGAUUAACAAGAAGACCCUCAAAAGAUUUAAGUAGAUGGUACUAUGUUUUGACCAUAUUCUGUUUAUUUCCUCUGUAGAGAAUAUCAAAUGUUGAUAAAUUUUCAGUUCAUUAUAUGGUUGUAAAUAUUUCAGAGAUCCAUCUUUCACAUUAUCAAAGUUUGUUCAGAAUCCUUCAACUGAUCAGAGACUUACUUUAACUGUAACUUUUACCUGCAGAGACUGUACUGUCUCUUAAAAACCUGAUAUAAUUUAAAUACAUAUUUAAUAAUUGUUAAAUGUUAAUUAUAUUUUAUAGUAUAGCAAAUAUAAUUGUGGAUUUUAACAUAUAUUUAAAAAUUUCACAUUAUCCAUCCAAAUCGCUAAUAGGUUACUGAAAUGAAAAUCUGGAAAUCCCAAGGCAAUAUGAUUCACAUUUGAGUUUCCUUAACCCUCCUUUUAACUGCCAUUUUGUUCAAAUAAUGCUAUUGGUAUUUGAUUGUAUUAAAAAAUUUCCCAAUUAAUUAUAGUACCACUUGAUUCAUAUUAGAUGUAUACUAUGGUUUAGCUGUACUUUGAAAUUCAAAUGUUUCUAAAAGAAAUGAUCAAAUGAUCCAAAAACAAAGAAAGAAUAAUUACACAAACAAGUACUAGUUAGUUAAAUUUAAUUCUUUUAGAUGUAAUUGCUGUUUGAAAAAGAUAAAACUAAUGUUAUCCAACUUACAUAACCCACAUCACCCCAUAAUCCCAGCCAGCUCUUAUGUAUUAUAUUAUAAGAGGUACUUCCAUCGUGUAGCUAAUCCAACUAAUAUUAUAUAGUAAUAUUUUAGUAUUGUAAAUAUUGUAUUAUAGUCUUUAUAUAUUGACAUUGUACAGAAUCAUUGUUGUGCCAAGUUUAUAUUGAGUAAAGAAAUUAUCAUUGAA